UCAGCCUUUGACCUCAGCAACCGAAAAACUAGGGUUUUGAGUUACAGUUUCUUAGGGUUUUUUGCGAGGUUGAGCAGCUCAAUGGAAGAAAUUGUGGAAGGUGUGAACUCCCUGAAUUUGGGUCCCGAUGGGUAUAAGAAGAAUCGGAUUCAGGUCUCCAACACCAAGAAACCAUUGUUCUUCUAUGUCAAUCUCGCUAAGAGGUACAUGCAGCAGCAUAAUGAGGUCGAACUUUCUGCUCUUGGAAUGGCAAUUGCCACUGUUGUUACUGUUGCCGAAAUUUUGAAAAACAAUGGAUUGGUUGUUGAGAAGAAGAUUGCAACUUCAACUGUUGAUAUCAAGGAUGACUCAAGAGGUCGACCUGUCCAAAAGGCCAAGAUUGAGAUAUUGCUGGGUAAAACCGAAAACUUUGACGAAUUGAUGGCAGCUGCUGCUGAGGAAAGGGGGGACACAGGCGAUACUGAUGAGCAGAGUUAAAGAUGAAAUACAUUUGAUGUAUCUUGUCUUUUAGUUACAAUUUUUGUUUGUGAUGAACCGAAUUUUCCAUUAAUUAUUCGUAGCUCUCUAGGUACUCGAGGAGUCGAGGCACUAAUUUUCAUAGUGAGUUUGUUCAUAAUUUCAUUUUAGGGAUCUUCAUAAUUUAUUUGGAGUUUUUCCAUAUAGAAAGCCAUUAUUUUUUAUUCUGA